UUCACCUCUAACCCCACAUACAAGCUCUCGAAUGUUGCCGACUUAGCAGUCGUAACUGCUAAUAGCAAUACUAACAUAUCCCAUUUAAUUUGAUUACCUACUAAUAUGAAUUAAAUAUGGUGGAUUACUGUAGAGUAGCAUGAAAUCCUUUUGAAUGAAAAAUAUACACUUGAAUAUUUUACUAUAUAAAUUAUGUACUGUAUCCCCACUUAAUUCCUAUUUGCAUUCUACUUUGGUUCUUGAGUUUCGAGUGCUAAUUUCUUGAAAAAGUUUUUAUUUCUACCAAGAAUUCUUAUAGCUUGAACGUACCCAAUUCCUUUCUUGUAAGUCCUAAUCUUUUCUUGAUUUUCCUCUAUCCCGUUUGAUGUUUCUUUGGUUGUAACUUGGUAUCUAUGUGAAAGAUCACUUCUUAUAUAACCUGCUAUUCGGGCCAACUUGCAUGCACUUGUACUAAUUCAACGAAGAAAUCACCUAUUAUUUUUGUGUUUUCGUUGAAAUUGGAACGUGAGACUUCGUGAUACUUACCCACUCCAUUGACUACUAAGCCACACUCUUGAUUGCGGGAAAGAUUUACUUUUUGGCAAAUGGGUUUUCUUCAAUUUCCCUAAUUUAUUUGGGUCUUGAUUCAAAAGCUACUUUCGCAAUAUGGGUUUCAAUAUUUUCAUUUUGUUCUUUGCUAGGUUACUUUACUUUUUUGCAAUGUUUUAUUCAGGGAUUUUCUAGUAUUUUGUUUAGUCAUUUUCUUGGGGCAGCAAGGCACUUUUUUUUGUCCCUUUUUUAUGUCGCCAUCUGCUAAGCUUUAUCUUGUUGUUGAUUGAAGUCGUCUCAUUCUUCUUAAGUUGUACUCUGAAGCUAAUUAUUUGUUUUGCUUCCUAAAUGAAUAUUAGUUUUCUUGUAAUUGACUUGCCUUUGCUGUUUCUUGAUACUUGGUUAUCAUAUUAUUUUAUUGUAGUUAUUGUUCAGAAUGCUUUAUCAUGCUUUCUAUUGUAUUUUGCCAUGCUCUUUGCUGUCGUUAUUUCUUUUUCCAAACUGCGUUCAGUUGGUUUCCUUGAGUCUAUGGUCCAUCCGAAACAGCCUCUCUAUAUCCAAGGUAGGGCUAGGGUCUACGUACACUCUCUCCUAUGGGAUUACACUGGGCUUGCUGUUGUUUUAUGACGUGCCUUCGUUUAGUAAUACUGCUCUUCGUAUAGUAUUUUGGCUUUUUGAUAAAUCUUUAGAAACAUCUUUUUUCUUGUGUUCUAAGGAAAUUUCUGUUAUGUUCUAAUUUCAGACAGUAUAUUGUUCUAGGCAUAAGUUUGUGUCUUCUUGAUUAUCAACAAGAAUGGGAGACCACCUUGUUUUUCUGGUUGAUCGUUUGCUGACUGAAUCAACUUUGGAGGCUGCAAUUGAGAGUAGGAAUCAAAAUGAGUUAGCAUCGUGGACAACCGAUGUCCCGACAGCUAAUUGCUCCUCCCAAAGUCCUGAUGCCAUUUUAACUCCAAGGAAAAUGGUGGAAUGCAGGAUAUGCCAAGAUGAGGAUAUAGAUUCAAAUAUGGAGACUCCUUGCUCUUGCUGUGGUAGCUUGAAGUAUGCACAUCGUAGAUGCGUGCAAAGGUGGUGUAAUGAGAAGGGUGAUACCGUUUGUGAGAUCUGCCACCAGCCUUUCAGGCCUGGUUAUACAGCACCACCCUCUAUUUUUCACCUUGGUGGCAUUCCGAUGAACUUAAGGGGGAAUUGGCGAAUUGUCAGAAGGAACUUGAAUAAUCAACGUGUCAUAGCAGUGGUUUCAACUGAUCACAAUCUCAUUAACUCUGAUGAAGAUGAAGUUUCUACAUCAAGAAGCAUGAUGUGUUGUCUUCUAUUUGCCAUAAUAUUUAUUCUGCUUCUAGUUAUGCGUCACACUCUUCCUGUCAUAGUUGAUCAAGCAGGGAACUACUCACUUCCAUUGUUUAUGCUGCUACUUAUCAGAGUUAUGGGCAUUGUUCUGCCCCUCUACGUCGUAAUGAAAGCCUUGACCUCUUGCCACCAUUGGCAACACCAACAGGCUACUUUGCCGAUCUCUUCCCCCCGUGAAGAAGCUGGCCUGGUGACUCUGCAGCAAGAGCCUCCCAUAAUUGCUAUCCAAUGAAUAUUCUCGUCGAUGAACAAAAAAAAAGUUAUUUUCUUCAAGAUAGAGCUGUCGUGAAGGAUUAUCGAUAGACAAGAGGUUAUAUACUGUAGAGGUUGGUGAGGAAAAUCCAAAAGAGAAGCAUAGAGGUAAAAAGAAAUGACUCAAAAAAGGAGAUGAAAAGAAGACAAGAUAUCCAAUUUUACAACUAGAGAUAUCUUGAGGUGUGAAUUAGUCAGACAGGUCUUUGUGUAUUUAAUAUGUAUAGAUCACUUUGAAGGAGUGCAAAAAGAAAAAAAAAGAAGUUGAUUCUAGUACUGAUAUGAAGCCGGAGUUGUAUUGUUGGCCAAAGUUUGUCAGCCUAACUUGGCAGAUACACCUAAAAAUCUAUUGGGUAAGCCAUUAUAAAAACCUUAAGAUCAUUUCCCUUUGAGAGAUCAAAAUUUUUGAGAGAAAUUAGAUA